AUGCCGAAUUAUCUAAAAGGUAAGCGAAGUAAUGAAUUUACUGAUAAAGCAGGUGAAAAAAUUGACGCCAGUACAAGUCAUAAUGAAAGUGCCAGUGGUCAAGAUCAUCUAGACGUAGAUUUAGCUCCAUUACUUGGUGAAGAAAUGAAACAUCAUCUUUCACCAAUUUAUGAAGAUUUGUCCAAAGAUGAUUUACUUGAACGAUGCCUUGGUGAUCAUACGCAGAACGCGAAUGAAAAACAUGUUUGGCAAGUGAUCGUGAAGAAGAGAGGUUUAGGAGCAAGUCGAAACAUUUCGGGUCGGUAUCACCUAUGCCUCAAUGAUAACACGUUGUCACUCGUUCGCAUAGGAGGUGGUAGUAACAGCAAUUCCACCACAAACACAAAUGCUGCCUUCAAUGAAACUGCCACCAAUCAACACCCGCCGCUCCAACAUAGGGCUUCAAGCCAAUCUAUACAACCGCAACCUGAGGAACUCAUCGAGUUUCCACUGAUAUACAUCAAAAGCACCGGAGCUCUGGAAUCUUUCUUCUAUAUGGAAGUUGGUCGUUCCGCAGUUACCGGCGCCGGGGAAUUAUGGAUGCUUUCGGACGAUCCUAACAUUGCCCAAAAUAUGAAUUCCAUCAUACAAUCGUAAGUUAGAUUUAAUUUAAUUAUUUUAAAUUUAUGGUCCAGUUUGGAGAUUGUUGUGCCGAAUGUUAUAUUUUUUCA